AUGGUUUUUGAGUUUCUUGGUGAUAGUUUACUAUGGUUGAACAAAUAUAACUCUUAUAGUGGCCUUGAAUUGAACAAGCCAUAUGAGAGUGUCGGUGGGUCGUGUGCUGGGUUGGAGAGGCUGAAUCGACAGCAACUGCUGCAAGUGCUACUGAACUCCUCGAUGGAAAGUGGGAGCCCAGUGUAUACUGUGGAUGAAUCACUAGUGUCCUUGGGGUUUGGUUUCCAAUAUUUUUUGCUUGCUUUUGCUGGGAUAAGUUGGGUUACAGAAGCUAUGGAAAUGUUGCUUCUCUCUUUUGUGGGACCAACAGUUAAGGCGAAGAAUGUUUUUGUUGCAUCUGCAUUGGUAUUCUUGUAUGUUAGUUUGGGGAGGAUUUUUUAUGCGAGAAGGUUGUUCGACGAAAUACCUCGGAGAGAUGUCGUGCUUUGGACAGCGAUGCUGGAUGGGUAUGCACAACAUGAGGAACCAAUGUUGGGUUUGAUGGUGUUUAGGGAGAUGGUUGGUGAAGGUAUUCAGCUUGAUAUUGUGGUUAUGGUUAGCUUGCUUUUGAUUUGUAGCCAAUUGUGUUGGCUGAGACAUGGUAACAGUGUGCACGUGUGGAAUAUUGGGAGGUUGCAGAAAGCAUUUGAGAUUUUUGAGGUCAUGGGUCGAAUUGGCUGCCAACCUACUGCCCAGACAUACAAUUGCUUGCUCAAUGGAUUGUGUUACAGGGGACGGGUGGAAGAAGCAUGUGAACUGUUGAUGAAGAUCAAGAAUUCUUCCAAGAAGCCUGACAUUUAUACUUAUACUGUGGUCAUGGAUGGUUUCUGUAAGGUGGGACGCUCGGAUGAGGCAAUGGAGCUGCUGAAAGAAGGUUUGGAGAUGGGACAAAAUCCAACUAUGGUCACUUUUAAUACUCUGUUUAAUGGAUAUUGCAAGGAGGGGAGGCCUUUGGAGGGGAUUAGUCUUUUGAAGCAAAUAAAAGAGAGAGAUUGCCACCCGGAUUAUAUCACUUAUAGCACCUUAUUACAUGGGUUGUUGAAGUGGAGUGAAAUCCCUGCAGCUCUGCAGAUUUAUAAGGAGAUGUUGGAAUUAGGAUUUGAAAUUAAUGAAAGAACCUCCAAUCUGUCGCCACAAGAAGCCUCCCACAAUACACCACCUGUUUGUGCUAAUGCCAAGCUGACUGCAUUCUUUAAGCCUAUUGACCCAGGCCGAUACCACAACCCCAUGAUUGCUAUCACUCAGCUGCCUGUUAGAGUAUGUUUAGUGUUUGAUCGUGGGAAGCUACACUUGGGGCGUUGUAUGCAGCUGAACCUUGAGGACAAGAUUCUCUGA